GUUACAACCAGCAAAGAAUCCAAUGCUGAUUUCGCCAAUUUGGACGGUCGUCAAUCGGGACGGUGGUCAAACGGGAUUGUGGCCAAACGGGACUGUGAGCAAUCGGGAUGGUGAUCAAUCAGGACGGUGGUCAAUUGCAACAUGGUCAAUAUCAGCGUAAUCAAUCGCAACGUGAUCAAUUGGGACUGUGUUCAAUAUUAACAUGGUUAAAUGGGUGCUCUGCAAAAAGCGCAAACCGGGCUAUGAGGGAUACAGUGCGACAGGUACUAAUCGAAUUGACGAUGUCGAAGAAAAUGAUACUGAUAAAAAUUGAUACUGAUAUGGAAUUUGAAGAAUUGUCUUCUAAGAAAGAUACAAAAAACGAAAUAGUGCCUAUUUUAUCACACCAUCAAAAAUGUAGUCACUCUCAAUUUACUAGCAAGCGCAGACUUUCUUAAAGUUCUCAAAAAUGUACCACCUGUCGUUACUAAAAUUCAUUACGUAGUAUUAAGUAAAUGUACAUAUUUAUGUAAUAUUUUAAUGAAUAUUGCAUUUUAAUGAAGCCGAUUGCAACGUCUUUAGAUACUUUGCAAGCCGAAAAUAACUGUUUUUAUGAUAUGCUCAUACCAAUUUUAUUUUCUUUAAAAGUGCAGCUUCAGCAGUUAUUAGAAACACAUAUGCAAUAUUCAACGAGUCUGGUUGUAUAUUUAAUGACCAACUAUUAAAAAGAUUCGACAAAUAUUUUGCUUUGUCACUUAACGUAAAUGAAGCAAUAAUUGCUGCCUGCUUACAUCCACAAUUUAAACUUAAGUGGCCAAAAAAUUUGCCAGAAUCUGAAAGAUGUAGAAUAGAAAAUUUAUGCAUAAAUGCGGUAGAUCAAUUCGCCAUCAAAAAUUCACAAACUGUUAAUCAAUCUUCCAGCGAAGAAGAAGAUAGUUUUUUAUCUUAAAUAAUAUCAAAUAAUAAUAUGAUUGAUCCUGAAUCCUGCUCUAAACUGAAGGUAAUAUCAUUUUUUAAUGAUAAAAACAAGAGUAUGUCAAGUUUAGAUAACUAUACCAAUAUAAAAAAAACAUUUAUUCGGCACAAACUUUAUAUUCAUCUGCUCCAGUGGAGAGAUUAUUUUCAUUUGCUAUUGCUACAUUUAUUAGCUCUCCAGCGCGCAGUUCUCUCUCAGAUAAGUUUUUUGAGACAUUAUUGUUUUUAAAGGGUAAUAAUAAAUAUACUAAAUUAAAUAA